AUGUCCUGCUCCAGCCUGAGUGUCCCUUCCUGUGGGGUGGCCACCCCGUACCCGCUGGCUGACACCACCAACGAGCCCUGUGUGCGUCAGUGCCAGAGCUCCACGGUGGUGAUCCAGCCCCCGGCUUCGGUGGUCACCUUUCCCGGACCCAUCCUCAGCUCCUUCCCACAGCACAGCGUUGUGGGCUCAGCGGGAGUCCCCGCCAUUGCCGGGGGCUACGGCGGCAGUUUUGGAGGCUAUGGUGGUUUUGGAGGCUAUGGAGGCUACGGGGGCUACGGAGGCCUUGGUGGCUAUUGGGGCUAUGGAGGCCUUGGUGGCUACGGGGGCUAUGGAGGCUACGGUAGCUGUGGAGGCUAUGGAGGCCUUGGGGGCUAUGGGGGCUAUGGAGGCUUUGGUGGCUACGGAGGCUUUGGUGGCUGGGGAUAUGGUGGCUGGGGUCGAGGCCUCAGGUCCUUCGGUGGCUGGUGUGGCAGCUGCUGA